UCGCGAGCGGCUCCGCGCGCGGAAACGCGCACGGAGCCCGGGCGAGGGCGGCCCGUCGCCCGGCCCCCGCGCGGGCCCCCCCCCGCAGAGCUGGCGAGGGGCCCCAUCGCCGCGCCGGGGCGGGCACGCCCUCGUGCGGGCGGCAGCUGCGCGGCGCCGCCGCGAGAGCCACGCGCCCAUCAAGCUGCUGCAUGUUCGCCCGCUCGCGCGUCGACGACGUGGCGUGCGAACAAAAAUAUGCGCCGCACGCCAGCGGGAGCUCCGCUCUCCAGAAACAUGACAACGCAGGGCCGGGGCGAGAGAGACAGUUCGGCCCUUCGCGCGGUAUCACGGGGAGACGGGGAGGACGAGGGGGGGCGGCAGGGAAGGAAGCUCCUCCUUCUCCUCCUCGGGAAGGAGCAGGACGCGCGCGGUGCUUGCACGACGGUGGCGGCAUGGGCGGAGCACGCGACGGCGGCAGAUCCGCAAGGGCUCUUCUCCGACUCAGAGCGCGCUCGCAUCAUCUGCCGUCCCAGCUUAUCGGUCUCCUCGUCGUCGAAAAUCUGCUCCACGUCCUCGAGUCUCAGCUUCGAGGCGUCAUCCUUCGUCUCCGCCUUGGAGGUCUCGGCCUCGUCUUCCAACACCCAGCCGUCGAGCUCGGAGGCGGAGAAGGCGAUGGGGCCAAAGCCCUUCUCGGGGUCGCCGGACGCGAAGCUGCCGUCCGCGAAAUCAUCCUCCGCGAACUCGUCCUUCGGGUGGUUGCAGAGGCGGCUGCUCCACCCCCACCCUCGCCUCUUCUCGCCCAGGGGCCGGGGAGAGCAGCGGAAGAAGGGGAACGGGGGGGAGGAGGAGCGGGAGGAAACGGAGAGGGAGAAGGGACAGGGACGGACGGGGGCAGGGGGAAGCAGACAAGGCUGCAGGCGAAUGAAGACGAGGAGUGGGCACCGCGAGGAGGAAGGCCACGGCAAGGAGGGGCAGCAAGGCCGGGAAGAAGAUGAGGGGGGUGGCCACGGGGGGGUCGACCACUGUGCCCGUCGUGAGCAAGAGUCGGCAUGCGAGUGCCCAUCUCAACGGCAUAACCUAGCUCGAACUGUCUGGUGGCAUCUGAUAUGGAUGGCAUGGUGAAUGCACAUGCCAAG